AACAAACUGAACUAAACAAAAAACAAGGGAAAAAACAACUCAAGAUGAAUCUAGACUUUAGCAGGGCAACUUAUCUGUACAACUUAAACAUUUUUUAAAAUAUUUUAAUUAACAAAAUCAUUUAUCUCAUCAUUUCAUAAAAUCUGAAUAAGCAAUCAAGGAACAUGCCCACGUUAAUUUCAAUUAAUAAAAUACUGUCACACGGACGCACCAUGUUGUUUACACUGCAAUGCAUUCUGGGUAAAAGCAGUACGAACAUGGGGGUUUCUGUAGAUCGGUGCGAAUCGUUGACCUACACAUUGGACCAAAAACCCAUUGCGCUCGAUCCCAUUGCGCUAACUCAAGCUGUGUCCGAAUUCAAGGUCUGCGUCCUUCGAAGGACCCGGUCUACGUAGAGCGGGUCCUUCCAAGGCCACGAAUAAACAAAGACCGGAAGAAAAAAAAAAGCUGUGAAUUCGGACAGGUCUAGCCUCCAAAAACUGUCCCCGCCCACACCUCAGCGUAACUCAUGUUGCCUAGCAACCGUGACAGCAAAAAGCAGAGAGCGGAGAAAAAAACGACAAAAACAAACAAACAACGGAGCUGAGGUUUGUUUGUCUAGCCAAAACAGCAGAGUGACGUCGUUGAGCCUUUUCGAUUUGAACUGGAGCUGCAGACCUCAUAUUAUACGCCCUGGUGGAAAGCACUUCGGAGAAAGAGGCGAGAUGCCCCCUUGGCCAGUUUCCAUGUGGCAACAUGAGUCAAUGCCUCCCUCAAGCUUUGCAGUGUAACGGACACAAAGACUGUCCCAAUGGAGCGGAUGAAUGGCGCUGUGGUGAUAACAUCGGUUUGGCAGACUUCAUCGGAGAAACCCUUCAGAACCGACCAGCGAUUUCUUCUUUUCUCAAUGAAUGCUUUUUGCAGGAGUACCCAGAAAGUUGUGACUGCAUCCAAACAGACGUCAAGUGUGUGGAGGUCAACCUCGAGGAGGUUCCCCUGGUUUCAUCAAAUGUCACAUGGCUGUCACUGAGGAGCAACAAGAUCCAAAUUCUGGACGACUUUGUUUUCUCUGAAUACUCUGCACUGGAGAGAUUAUUUCUACAAAACAACAGCCUCCAGUUCAUAUCAAAAAAUGCCUUCAGUGGACUGUACAGUCUUAAAAAGCUGUUUCUCAGCAACAACUUAAUAUCCUCCCUCAGUCCUGGCGUGUUCAAGGAUCUGAGUCAGUUAGAAUGGCUGAUGUUGGAUCAUAACCCACUUAGCAGUUUGACUCAUGAGACGUUCUUCGGACUUCGUUCGCUCGUAUUUCUAUCAAUGGUGUACACCUCACUGCAGCAGCUUCCUCAUCCCAGCUUCUGUCAACACAUGCCUGCCCUGGACUGGCUAGAUCUCGAGGGAAACCAGAUUCAGACUCUCAACUAUUCCAUCUUAAAAACAUGCAGCAAACUUGAAGUCCUAUUAUUGAUGGACAACAGAAUCACUAGAAUCCCCGAAGACACAUUUCAGUCUCUGUGGAAGCUUGGAGAACUAAAUCUUUCUGGUAAUAGAAUCAAUGAGCUGCCAAAGAACACGUUCAAGAACCUCUCCAAGUCCCUCCUGAAACUAAAUAUAUCCUACAAUCCCCUUCUCCGCAUUCAUCCGAGUCACUUCAACCACCUGACUCAGCUUCAGUCUCUGGCUCUGGAAGGUAUCGAGAUACCAGAUAUUCAGACUAAAAUGUUUCUUCCCAUGAAGAACCUUUCACACAUCUACUUUAAGAAAUUCCAGUACUGCUCCUAUGCUCCUCAUGUGAGAUCCUGCAAGCCCAACACAGAUGGCAUCUCUUCAUUUGAGGACCUGCUGGCAAACAUGGUGCUGCGGGUGUCUGUUUGGGUCAUGGCUUUCAUUACCUGCUUUGGGAAUCUCUUAGUCAUCGGUAUGAGAUCACUGAUCCGUGCAGAAAACAAUCUACAUGCUGCCUGCAUCAAAGUCCUCUGCUGUGCAGACUGCCUGAUGGGGGUGUACUUGUUUUUCGUUGGUGUGUUUGAUGUGAAGUUCCGGGGACAGUACAAUCGAAACGCCCUGCUGUGGAUGGAGAGCGUGGAGUGUCGCACCAUUGGCUUUCUAGCCAUGCUCUCCUCAGAGGUAUCUGUUCUCCUCCUGACGUACUUGACUCUGGAGAAGUUCCUGGUUAUUGUGUUCCCUUUCAGCAAUUUGCGCCCAGGAAAACUUCAGACUGGGGUGAUCCUGUCGUCUAUCUGGCUGAUGGGCUUCAUCAUUGCUGCUGUGCCGCUUAUGAACGAAGACGUGUUUGGGAACUACUACGGACGCAACGGAGUCUGCUUUCCUCUACACUCUGACAGGCAAGAGAAACCUACAAGCAAAGGAUAUUCAACUGGGAUAUUUCUAGGUCUAAAUCUGGUGGCGUUCCUUGUGAUCGUCUUCUCCUACUCCAGCAUGUUCUAUUCCAUCUACAAAACUGGAAUCAAUGCGACUGACCUGCGGAGCAGACUGCACAGAGACGUGGCGGUGGCCAACAGAUUUUUCUUUAUAGUGUUCUCUGACGCCCUCUGCUGGAUUCCCAUAUUUUUAGUGAAGAUUCUCUCGCUGCUGGAAGUGGAGAUACCAGACACGAUCUCCAGCUGGGUUGUCAUUUUCAUCCUUCCAAUCAACAGUGCCUUGAACCCCAUCCUGUACACUCUGACAACCAGCUUCUUCAGAGAGCAGGUGGAGCUCUUGCUCUGUCGCUGGCAGAGAAGACACACCCUGAAGAAAGACCGCAAAAGCCUCACUUCCUCUACCAUCUUCGUGGAGACGGCGCGGCCGCAGUGCUACCACCCGCCUGCCUACCUCCAGCAGCUGUCGCUGGUCGAAGCGGACCCUCGCUAUGCCUGAGAGGACUUUUUUUUUUUUUUUUUUAAACUGCCAUUUUUAUAAACUACGGGUCAUAGGCCAAUUUUAUUGCCACAUUUUUAAGCUCUUACAUGACAGCAGCACUGUUUUUAACACUCCCAGGAGGAAAAAAAAAUGUUACAAUCACUGUGCUGAUUCAUCAUGCUCUGACAUUUUUUUUAAUGUCUUGUGUUUUUUUGUCGAUUGUGCACAAAGGUGUCACCUUCAGCUUACUGUUAUAAAUGUCUUACUCAGAGCCUCCUUAGCAUGGGCAUGAGGAGCCAAGGCUUACACCACCAAUGUUGCAUCUUGGAGGAGUUUCUGUGUUGUUUAAGCUGCAGCUUUCACCAUACUUUCUACAAAAAGGUCUAACACGUAGAUUACAUCCAACACUCGUGACACCUGUUGAUACUUCAGUGUCAUCUGAUUGAAUUUAUGAAAGAUGUGCAAAAGCAGAUAGUGCUUUUAUCUCAGUCACAUGCACUGUUAUCCACGAAGAGACUGAACAACUGUUACACAAUUAUUUGGGAGCUGAACUGAGUUCAAUCAGAAAUGGACAAACAGAUAACGAACAAAAGGACUUUUGCUUUUUUUAAGAUGUAGCACUCAAGCGUUUUUUGAUUAUAAAAUUACAAAUCAGCGUU